AGUAUCUUGUGCAUGGAGCGUGUGGGCUGGGCGCCCGAGGCGCUGAAGGCGCUGGCGGACCUCCUCGCGUUUCACGUGGCCACGGCCGCGGCGCUCAACGCGGCGGCCAUCGCGGCGCAGUACGCGGAGGUUCCUGGCAACCUGACGACGCUGAACGGGCAGGGGCUGUGGAUUAACUACAACGCGAGCGAGAAGGCCGCGCUGCUCAACGCAUACUCGCCGGGGCAGCGCGCGCUGAUCAGCGAAGGCGUCAGCGUCGGCUAUGACGGAACCGUCUACUACCCGAACGGCACCGUCCUCGCCGCUAACGGAACUGUCAUCUUUGACAGCGCGACGAGCCCGAUAUCGGUGGACUCCGACGGAAACGUCUACUACGCCAACGGCACCAUCGUGAGCGCUAACGGAACGGUUGUUUCUAACGGCACCGCCCCCUACCCUGGUCAAACCGUCGACGACUACCCUCCCGACAUGACUAGCGAGGCAUGGGUGGACUCCGACGGGAACGUCCUCUACACGAACGGCACUGUGGUUAACGCUAACGGAACAGUCGUUUCUAACGGCACGCUGGAACCGUCCCUGGUCGAUCCCGUCCCCGCUGAACUGCCCCCCCUCCCCCCGGUGGACCCCAUUCCGGUGGACAUGGGGGGCGGGAUGGGGAGAAUGUGGGGAGGCGGAAUGGGGGGCGGAGCGGGAUGGGGGGCGGGCAUGGGGGGCCAGUGGGGCAACUGGAGCGCGGAGGCGCAGCAGCAGUGGUGGGGGAAGGUGGAGGCGUGGCUGGCGCAGGCCGUGCCCGGGCUGAACGUGAGCGCCGACGACUACCUCGCCUGGCUCAACGGGUCCUCGUACGGCUGGGCGGCAGGCUCCGGCAGCAUGUGGAAGCAGGCCGGCAGCGACAUGAACGUGGCGCGGGUGGUGCGGGCCGACCUGAUGGACAGCGCUGGGGUGGUGGUGCAUGGCGUGGAUGGGGUGCUCUUCCCGCACUUCAGGGACCUGCCUGUGUUCGACAAAGGGAAGGGGGGAGGGGUGCCCAUUUCAACACCCAUGCCUGUGCCUAUGCCCAUUAGCGUUCCGAUUAUGGCUCCCAAUGGGUCAGUUAGUGACGGUGGCAAUGGCACCACGAGUGGCACUGGCGCUGGUGCUACCAAUGGUACUGCCGAUGGGGCGCUUUCUGACCAAGAAGCAGGUGGUGCUGCUGGCAGUGCAGGCGUCACUGCUGGUGGCGGAGCAAGCAACACUAGCAGCAGCAGCAGCAGCAGCAGUGGCAGCAGUGCGGACAGUUCGGGGAAGAGCACACCGGGUGGGACUUCAGCUGCGGCUGCUGGGUCACCGCCUCCCAGUGGAUCCCAGGACAAGGCUGGCGCUGCUGGGUUGUCAGCAGCCUCGCUCACUACCGCCUCCUUAGUGGUUAUGGCCUUCUCGUUGGUUGCUCUCUUGUAGGGAAGACUCCACUUUGCCCAGGUUUGAACUUACAGCCUACCGUAGAAAAAUGGGUGAGGCUGGUACAAUAACUACGAGAGCUAGAAACCCGAAAUCCAAGCGAAUCAUCAAUAAAGCUCUUGCCAAGAAUUUCAUAUCGCGCUACUCCUGCUGCUCCGUCUACCCCCAGGCGCAAAACCCCCGCAGCCUUUUGUUGCGUUGAUAAUAGCCCUAGGAUCUUUUCAGAAUGCUAAGUCCUUGUAACAGAGUGCUUGAUUGUCAACUCAUACAU